AUGUCAGAGAUGAACGAGGCAUGGAACCAUUGGGAGCAGGAAACCAUAUCGCACGUCUUUGGUAUUACGCUGGACGAAAGAGAGGCUGCAUCAUCGUCGCUUGUACAUGUGCCUGAGUUGCAGGAAGAACUUUUGGCAGAAAAACAGAGCGACUCACAGUCUGCCGUCGUAGCUACCUUGGACAUGGCCGAUCGCAUCCUGAUCGCGCGGCUCUCACUUCCUGAUGCUCCGCAGACAAGCUGGGACUAUAUAUUGCAAGCAUGGAUUCGCUGCCGUCAUGAAGAGCAGCGGUUACAGUCACACGCGCCACCGUUGGUUUUUCUGCCAGAGGCGCUCCAUGCUCUGCAGCACGUGCGCGGCCUGCUCAUAAGCUAUGCAGGUCUCCUUCUUGAUAUGCCAGAUAUGUUUCCUCGAUGUGAAAAGCAUGGCGACAUGCUAGGACCACACGCCCUUUCCCCGACGCUUUUAAACUUGGCCGCAGUUCACGACGACACGCCUCUACCUACGGUGUGUGAAUGGAUGGCGGUGCCCCCUUCUCUCGCACCCGUCUUUCUGGAUGAACUCAUUGUCCGCUUUUCGCAAGACGAUAGCCUUGACUCUGUCUUGGGUCGAGCGAUGCGUGCUUUGACGCAAUACAUCCUCAAGCCACCCGGCACGUCCUCCGCUGCUGCAUCCACAUCAGCAAGAUCGCCACAAGCGUCUUCUUCAUGGCCAUUGACCGCGACGGCCAGUGCAGCUUCGGCCGCCACAUCGACAUCGACUCAGAAUGCAGACUUGAACGACGUCCAAAGUGUACUGGCGCAGAUGCUGGGCCUGCCAGAUCCACGUGCGCACGGUUCCUCACAGUUCGCACCCGCAAUGCCAGCUCCCGAGGGAAUGAGCAUUGCACAGCUAGACUGGCAGCCGAUUCAGAUGGCUGUCGUAGCCGCCGUCGAGCACAAAACCCUCGCUGCAGCGAUGCCAUUUUUCUCUUCCUUCGCACCCACAACUAGUGCACCCAACAUGGAACGAGAAUCAAUCCUGGGCCCCUUGCUGCGUCUCUCGUGCUUUGCGGAUGCAUUCCCAUCCAUCGCAAGGGACUCUUUCAGCCACGCUCGCUCCCGCUCGCCGGUGGAGCUGGAGAACAGCAUGAGCUCUUUGCGCAUGUCUCUACGGGUCGUGCAGGCGUCGAACUUCCGCAUCUUCAAUGCACUCGUCCGCGCAGGCCCUGAGCCUCGUGAGCGCGUGCUGGCAUACUGGGGCGAUAUUUGCCAGCUGAAUGCGAAGCGCGGCGCGAUGCAGGUGCGCGCACGCGAGGUGGCCACCGAUGCCUUCAUGGUGAAUGUGCUGGAUGUGCUGCUGCGCUUUGCAGAGCCGUUUGCGGAGCCGACAUGUAGCAAGAUUGACCGCAUCGAUGCGACAUACCUGCGUCGGCAGAAGCGCUGGGACACCUCGUCAUUAACGCGGAUCCUGGCAAGCGAGACGGAGGGCAUGCAGUGGAUGGCAGAUACCCCCGAAACCGAAAGGAAGAACGUGCCGAACUUUGUGACGGACGUGUUCUUCAUCACGACGCGGCUGAUGAAUGUGGCGCUAGGCAAGGCGCUCCGUCGCAUCGAACACCGCGAAAAGGAAAUGGACCGUCUGCAGAAACGCAUCGACGAGCUCGAAAGCGAGCAAUCCAUGUGGCAGGGCAUGCCACAUGCUAGCACUGUCGAGCAGAUUCUUCAGCGCGCCCGCACACAGUCUGACAAGCUGUACAGCGAGGUGCUGGCCGCACAGACCCUGCUGAUGGAGCCGGAGUUUGUGCAGCGCACGCUCACAUUCGUGAGCUUUACGAUGGCGUGGCUCGUCCGUCUCGCUGAUCCACGCAGUUUGCAUCCGCACACCACGGUGCAGCUGCCACUGCCCCAAGAGGUGCCGAACGUCUUCCGCAUGCUGCCGGAGCACGUGUUCGAAGACGCAUGCGAUACGGUGCUGUUCUACUCGCGGCGCAAACCGGACGUGCUGGAUGCACCUGCGCGAGAAAGCAUCACGACGUUCUGUACCGUGUUUUUGUCGAGCGGCUGGUUCAUCCGAAACCCAUUCCUCAAGGCCAAGCUUGCGGAAAUGCUCUCGUACAAUGUGAUGCCGUACGGCGCACUAUCCAUGGGUGUGCUGGGAGAUACCAUCAACAACCAGCCCUUGGCGAUCGCACACCUAGUGCCAGCCGUCAUGUCGUUCUGGAUCCAGGCAGAGUCGACCGGCUCCAACACGCAGUUCUACGACAAGUUUAAUAUCCGAUACCAUCUUGCACAGGUGUUCAAGGCCAUCUGGGACAAUGUCGAUCACAAGCGACAGCUCCAUGCACAGGCCCAGGAUCAUCAGUCCGAAUUUGUCGUAUUCAUCAACCGACUGAUGAACGAUGUCACAUUCCUUUUGGACGAUGCGCUCGACAAGCUUACCGAGCUCCACGCCAAGCAAGGAGAGAUGGACGAUGUCGAGUCCUGGCAGCGGCGUCCCAUACACGAGCGGCAGGAGUUCGAGGGCAUCGUACGUACGAUCAAGGCGCAAAUCAGGAGCGACCUGGGUCUUGGUCACGAAUUCCUCCGCUUGCUGAUCAUGUUUACAAAAGAAACGAGUGCAUCGUUCAUGAUGCCUGAGAUUGUCGACCGACUAGCUGCUAUGCUUGACUACAAUCUCGAUGUUCUUGUAGGCCCACGUUGCCAGGGACUCAAAGUCAAGGAUCCGAAGGCCGUGGGCUUCGAUCCACGCAGCCUGCUGAGCGAGAUUCUCUCCGUGAUUCUCAACCUGGCACCUCAUGAAGCGUUCGCCGUCGCUGUGGCUCAUGACGGCCGCAGCUACAGUCGCGAGACAUUUUCCAAGGCCGCCAGUAUUUCGCAGCGCCACAUGCUUAAGAGCCCUGUGGACAUUGAUGCCCUCGCCCAGCUUGUGGACCGUGUGGAGAAAAUCAAGGAGCGAGAGGCCAUGGAGGAGGAAGACCUAGGCGAAGUGCCUGACGACUUUCUCGAUCCACUUCUCGCCACCAUCAUGCGUGAUCCUGUCCGCCUUCCGACCAGCCGUGCUGUUGUCGACCGCUCUACAAUCAAGGCUCAUUUGCUGAGUGACGGCACGGAUCCCUUUAAUCGCAUGCCACUGACACUUGACGAUGUCACCCCCGCCGACGACGUGCGCGAGCAAAUCGAGUCUUGGAUCCAAGAACGCCGGAGACAAGCUUCUUCAUAG